AUGUCUGAACAAGAUAAAAUAAUUUUAGCUUUAAUUGAACAUCUUAGAAAGAAACUUUUACUUAUAACAUGCUCAAAUGAUACUGAAAAUUCAAAUGAUGAUGAAUGUACAAAAAAAUUAAUUGAAAAUCGUUAUAAAUUAAUUCAUACUAUGUGUCAAACUACAAAAAUAAUGGAUUAUCUUGAAUCAACAGGUGUUAUACCACGUUCUGUUUGUUCACGUAUUCUUCAUGAAUAUCGUGUACCUGAAGAUCGAAAUAGAGCAUUACUUGACUUCUUACAUAGUCGUGCAAAAAAUGCUUUUCGUCCUUUAAUCGAAGCACUUUAUUUAUCCGGUAAUGAACAUCUUGUUCAAUUACUCGAUGAAAAUUUUCUCUUAAGUAAUGUUCGUCAACAACUCGACGCUGAAUAUCGUUUUCCAACAGCUGUUGGACGACAAAUAACAGUACCAACGAGUAUUGAAGAUGAAAAAUUACGUAAUUUAAAUACUAAUAUAGAAUCCUUGGAAAAUCAAAUUUCAAUAUGUAAUUUAAAUGAUAAUGAAUUAACAAAAUUUGAUGAUGAAGUACAAAUGGGUUUUGAAGUUCAAUUAUUAACACUUGAUUUACUUGAACAAUAUCCUCAAUUAGAUCCAAUAAAACGUUCCAUUAAAUGUUAUCGAAUGUUAAGUCGACCUCGUGGUCAAUGUUUAUUAAUAAAUAAUGUUGAUGCUUUUAAAACAAUGGAAAUUCGUCAAGGAUCAGAUAUAGAUGCAAGUAAAUUAAAAAGUUUAUUUGAACAAAUGGGUUUUAUUGUUGUUGUUCGACGUAAUCUUAAUUAUCUAGAAAUGGUUAAUGUAAUAAAAAAUUUUGCCGAUUUAAUUGAAGAAAAUAAUGAUUCAUGUGAUUGUUCAAUAGUUAUUAUAUUAAGUCAUGGUGGAAAUGGAAAAAUUUAUUCUGUAGAUGAACUUGCAUUAGAUAUUGAUGAACAAAUAAUAUCUGUAUUUGAUGAUCAUUUAAUAGGAAAACCAAAAUUAUUUAUUUUACAAGCAUGUCGAGGAUUCCAAUGUAAUUAUCGUUCGGAAUCGAUAUCAUCCAGUCGUUUAUGGUCAGCAGAUAGUAUUACGAAUGAAAACAAUCAAACAAAUAUCGAUAGUGGUACUCAUAUAAUAACAAAAGUUCCUAAACGUAGCGAUAUGGUUAUAUGGUAUUCAACUUUAAAAGAUUAUGUGUCAUGGCGACUACCGGAUGAAGGUAGUAUAUUUAUUCAAUCAUUAAUUACAGUUUUUGCUCGAACAGCAUGGUAUUAUGAUUUAGUUACAAUGGUUCAAUGUAUUAAUCGAACAAUGAAAGAAAAAUUUGCAGCUCAUGAAUCAACACCAUUUCAAACACCAUGUUUUGAAUAUCAUCUUGAUUAUCCAUUAUACUUCAAUCCAGGUUGUUUCGAUCAAAAUUAA